GUUGCUGUGUAAGCAGAGAGAAACAUAAAAGAAGAAUCUGAUCAGAGAUCAGCAUCAUUUAAAGAAAAUACUUCGACCAACACCUUCAUCACACUCCAGUGGCUAAAAUAUGGAGAUGGUUUACCAUGAAGAGGAUAAUUCAUAUGAAAACGUCCAUUAUGCCUCAGUCAGGACUGUUGAAUCAAAGAUCUGCUCUGAUGAAGACAGGAAAGUGGCUGCUGCAGAGCUCGGUAUAAAACGGUACAGGCUGGCUGCUGUGAUCCUUGGACUCCUGUGUAUGCUACAAGCUGCUCUCAUCAUUUUCCUUCUUAUUUCUCUCUUUUCAGAGAGAGACGAGUUUAAGAGAACCAACCUUGAUGUUGAGGCUGGUUUAAAAAACCUGACUGAUGAGAGAGAUGACCUGAAGAGGAAGAUGAAUAACUUAGCUCAAAAAGGAUGGGAGUAUUUCAACGGUAGUUUCUACUACAUUUCUUCUACCAAGAAAAACUGGCAAGAGAGUAGAGAUGACUGUCUUCAAAAGGGUGCAGACCUGGUGAUUAUCAACAGCAAAGAAGAACAGAAUUUCACAACAAAAUUCAAGAAGUCCAUGUGGAUUGGCCUGACUGACUCAGAGACAGAGGGGACGUGGAAAUGGGUGGAUGGGACUCCACUGACCAAAAGAUACUGGCAUUCCGAGGAGCCUAACGGUGGGGAAAGGGAGAACUGUGGUAACACAUAUCAUUACCCUUCAGAAAACAGCUUGAAUGAUUCACCCUGUUACUCGUCACACUACUGGAUCUGUGAAAUGAAAAUCAGUCCAUAA